GGAGGAGAAGUAAAAAAAAAGAAAAAAAAAAACUAUAAAAAACGAAGAGGGGAAAGGAAAAAAGAAAAAGACUCCGAGGAACCAGCUGCUCCUAUCGGCGAGUCGCCUUUCGUUAAUGCAACGCGUUCAGGAACGUACCGUUCGAUGAUUUUUCGAAAGACCCGUAGCUUCGUUCGUCUAGGAAUAUUUUCAUCAGCGUUGAAAAUCCCAAGUUUUAUUCUAUUCCGUCGAGUGAAUUACAAGACGUUUUAUGUUAUGUCGCAUUACGAUUGAGAAAUCGAAGGAGAAUUAUCGCGCUUGCGAAACCCCGUUUGACCUGAUCCUUCCUCUUUGAUUCGUUAGAAUGCGAAUAUUAUUGUGUUCUGACGAAGGUGAUCCAACUGCUGAGCUCAGCUCGACUCUACUUCAACGAUAGCGACGAGCUGCGGACUCGGCAAAAAUUAAUUAAAAACCUGCGUCGCAUAUGAGCUGCAGUUGGGUGCAGCGGUUGAUUGUUACAUUAAUCGUGAGAAAGCGAUCGAUUGAAUCGCUAUCGUGGUCAUACUUCGUUAUACACUCGAGGUGUACAUUCGUCGUACUAUCUUUAGAAUUUCGGGGUCUUUGACUGAAAAAAAAAUAGAAGAAAAAUCAACCUUUGAAACACACGUACAACUCCGAGGACGUCAGAGUUCAUAGAUUUUUCGCUGAAGUGAAACUCGAACUUCGUCGUUCGAUUUUAAUUCACCAAACACAGGUGGCGAGAAAAGCUCUUUUACGUCCUCGUUAUUUUUUCCACGUCAUUUUCUGCCCGGCUCAUCCCCGGCUGUGCGGAAUCUUCUCACAUUCGAAUCACGGAGGUGACGCACACGACGACACCGCUUCGUAUACUUGUGUACGUAAUACGAUGCAUGUGUACAGUGGGGCAAAAAGAGAUGGUCAAUCUUCCGCGACAGUCGGAGGCUUGGCCGACGACGAGAGAAUCCUUUGCGACUGCAUCUCCAUCUCGACUUGUUUGUAUAUACGAUCGUCGUCGCGUAGUCGCAACUUUCGGCUGACAAUUUUACCUCGUGGUAUUUUCGAGGCAAUUGAGAUUAUGAAACAGCGAGCGGUCGUCUAGCCUCGACGAUUCUUGUGUCAUAUACAGAUAUGUGUGUGUGUACGCUUAUUUAAUCGGCCUUUCGCGAUAAGCCGCGAGGUCCGAUCGAGUUGAACGAAACGCGCGCGUGGCGGUUUCUCUUUAUUUUUUUUUCAUUUCUCUCUCUCUCGCACGCGUGCGUGAAAUUGCAAAAGUUUUUUUAGACAAUGUGACCGGCACGGACCGCGCCCUCGCCACCGACCAAUCGGAGAACGAUUCUCAAUGCGUUAGACGCACACACCUACACGGGUUUGACAAUGAACGAGUGCAGGCUCGCCUUCGACUCGAGUCGAGCCAACGUAACUCUCGUGGUGUCCGUUUAUAGCAACCUCAAACCAGAAAUGACAUAUAUCUCGCUUGCCUGAUAUGGUUUCCCGCAAUUACAAUGCUAAGAAAUCUGAAUAAAACAAGAAACAAGAAACAUACAUCGUUCUCGAUCACUGUAGUCGACUGAUUUUUUUUCUAUUUUCUCUCGCGUUAUCCUCCAGCCUCUGUCGAUUAAAUUUUGGCCGUAGCUCGUCGAUUUCGUUUUGGAAAUAUACCUUCCCAAGUUUUAAUGCAAACAAAAAAGUUAGGAAAUCGCCAUGUGGUGUCCGUCAAUUUUCGAGACGUACGUCGCGAUAAGCUGUACACGGGCUACCUAGAGUCGAAGAUACGGCCAGUUUUCGAACAUGGCUUAUGCAAUUCCUUGACCAUUUUCAUGCGACGUUGCGAGUCGAUCGAACAAACUUCCGCCUCGACAUGUUCGAUCAUCCGGAUUGCGGAAAUGGAUGUUAGAAAUUGCUCUCCCAGCUUCGUCGAGGUACAGAUAUGAAUCCGAUAUCGCCGGUAUCUUCUUACGUGGCGCGUGGUACGCUCGCUCUUUUGUUCCGAUCAUAUCGAAAGAACAAACUUUUCAGGGAACAAAAAAUAGUAAUUAAGCGUUAAACGACGAUAACGUAAAUCACGCGUCUCCGACGAUUAGUCAUGGAUCCACCAGUUUUUUGUUUCCCGCAUUCUCGAAUCAUCGUACACAAAUAUUUACACCCGAUUAUCCGAAUGACGUUCGAUUGUUUGUAGUUCCCCGCAAUCGUUUUCAUGAAUUUUCGUUUCAACGGUCUACAUUGAACGUGAUUCAAUGUAGACCUCGUCACACAUCCCGAGCCACCUGAACACCUAAACAAAGUCUACAAAGCUGUGUCAACGCCAGUCGCGGACGUAGGUCUAACAAAUCCAUUCCGAUAACUCGGGUGCCUCAUCGAUCGCUCUGUGAAUUCAAAGUCUUCUAACUUCCGAUCGAACUGACAAAUGCUCUACAUCCACGUCUGCAAGUUAUCGAAAAAAGCUCGACACGUCCCACAUAGAACAUCUUUCGAUCCUCUCGUGUUCAAGAGUUCCCGGGGAUCGUCCUUCACCUGUACAAUUCUCCCAACUACCGAUGAGAAAUUCAGAUCGAGCACGUUACCAGAUAAGGGUUGAACGUUCUGCAAAUAUAUCACGUCUCAACUACCUCUCGACGUGGUGUGAGCUAUCGAAACCGACUUUUGCUUACAUAAUCUAGUUUUUCGCAGUUACUUCGUUUUCCGAAUUGUCGGAAAUUUUUUUUCUCUCGAUCAACCCGACGAUAAUAACAGUAAUCGCGAUACGUUCUUCUGUGUACGUCACUCGUUACGUUACCCCGUACUUGUUCGUCCGCGAAUCGCCGACGCGAAAUUGUGCCGUUCGUUACGUCAGGACCCUCGUUUCCAACGAGAUCUAGUCUAAAAGUAUGCUAUAGGUGUGCGUAUCAUAUCUAUAUUUGUACAGAAGUACAAGCUUAUAUCACACACGCGAGUUUGUUCCUAUGGUAUCUUCGUCUAAUUAUAAACUUUGGCAAGGAAAAUUCGUGCAGCAGUUCGCUAGGAUUACUCGAAGGAAUCACAGCUUCUAAAAAUUUUCGUCUCAUCCUUAACACAUUUGGUGCGCGAUAAUUUAAUAACCCGUCGAGUUGUCGUGUGAUCAGGAAAAUUGUACAGAUAGAAUGUGUCAAAAGGAAAAUACGCAAGACACCGUUGUCAGAAAUGGCAACAAGUCAAAACCUCCCCGAAGAUUUGCCGGGGUGGUCGUCGCGAUGGCUGGUCUUCCUGCCAGGGGUAAAACUCAGGUGGCCCACUGUCUUGCAAGGAGGUUAAACUGGAACGGCGAGUCUGCAAAAGUUAUGCGAGUCAGCGUGUAUCGUCAGAAACGAUUGGAUAUGUACGCAUCUCAUGAACUCUUCAGACCGGAUCACGCUGCAAACGUAGCUCUUCGUUCUUUGGCCCAAAAAGAUGCCAUGCGUGACUGCGCCUCGUGGCUGGCUUCGGGAAACAGCGUCGCUAUCUUGGACGCGACUUUGGUGACUCGCGAACAACGUGCGGAGGUCUUCGAUUACUUUUCCGGUCAGCUUGGUUACCGAGUACUUUUCAUCGAGUGCGUCUGUUCGGAUGCCGCAAUCUUGGAUCAAAACUAUCAGGAGAUCCUCGCGCACAGCGCGGAUUACAAGAACAUGGACAAGGCCACAGCAGUGGAGGACUUGCGCCUCAAAGUCGCCCAUUACAAACAGGCCUACGAACCAAUGGAAGAAAAAUCCUGGCCAAGGAUCACCGUCGAUACGGGAACCAUGGAGAUCAAGGCGCACAGAGUCAGCGGACACGUCGAAACGAAGAUCUUGGGGUACCUUGGAAGCGUCAGAGUUCAGCCUCACACUUUGUACUUCUCCAGGCAUGGUGAGAGCGAGUACAACGUCCUCGGUAAAAUCGGUGGGGACGCGGUUUUGAGCGCUCGUGGCGAACGAUACGCUCAGGCGUUGGCGUCCCGCAUAAACAGCCUUCAUAUACCAGAUCUUCGCGUGCUGACCAGCCGACUUCGAAGGACCAUCGCAACAGCUCGAGGCGUUGAAGCUCCCCAAGAACACGUUGCCGAACUCAACGAGCUCGACGCUGGUGUAUGCGAAGGACUUUCGUACGAGGAAAUGCAGGAACAAUAUCCUCAGGAGUUUGCGUGGCGUGACCAGGAUAAGCUCCGUUACAGAUAUCCAUGGGGCGAGAGCUACCUGGAUAUAAUGCAGCGGGUUGAACCAGUUUUAUCCGACCUUCAGCAGGCUACGAAUAUGUUGGUAGUAUCCCACCAGGCAGUUUUGCGUUGCAUUAUCGGUUACUUUAUGGAUAAAAAACCGGAGGAAUUACCCUACAUGGAGGUACCUCUGCACACCAUCAUUAAAAUCACGAGUCGUGGUUACAACUAUGAAUUGGAAUUCUUCAAACUUCCCAUCGAGUGCGUUAACACGACCAGAGUGAAGCCAAAAAAUUGCAGCGUCAACAGAACCGCUGACGAUGCUUUACUUACGGUACCGGCUCACUUCGACAAUCCAGAUCCUUGGAGGAAUCCAUCCACUGGACCAACUCUCGUACAACAGCACUGAGAGGAGGAGAAUAUUUUUGAAUACGGUAUCGGCGCUCAGGACUCAUAUUGAAUUAACGUUGAUUGAGUUUUGGCGAAUUUCUGACACGAGUUUCACAAAUGAACGUGGAUCAGAAGCUAUAUCAUUUUUGGAAUAGUAUUAAAACUCGUUGAAAAUAUUUUACAAGGUUCAUCCUUUUAUAGAAACCAUAUCGCGAGACGGUGAUUGGACUAGCCAGAUUACCAGGGUAAACGAUAGCGAGUAAUAUUAUUCAAAUAUUUAACCAAAAUUUCAUGAUUCUUAUCGUAUUCGAAAAUUGGAAACUUUGCGAAUGUUGAAAUUAAAUUAUGAAAUUGGGCUAACUGGGACUAAAAAGAUCGUUAGCUCUAUCAAUUUUCAUGGAAAAACUAUAGUUUUCGAGGCUCUGAAGUUGAGGAAUGAAAUUUUUUUUUUUUUGUUUUACUGUGAUUCAAUGGAAAAGACAGAUCCAGACGCGCGUUAAUCGAAGGUAGCAAAUAGACUGGACGAGCAUUAAUGACUGCGCUUGAAUAAAUCGAAAAAAAAAAAAAAAGAAAAAUUAAGUCGGAAUACCAAAAACUGCGCGAAGGUCGCAGCAUUCGGGUUUUUUUUUUUUUUUUCAAUGGAUCGAGUGUCUAUAUGUCGGGACUUGUUUUGCCGCGAGCUACGAAACGGAAAAGGUAGCGUAUAGUUUUUAUGUACAAAUUGAAUUGAAGAUAUUUUCAAAUAUAUGAUAAUCGUUGAUCACUCGAACGGCAGUAUUUCGGUGCCCACUGCCUGAGCCCUCUACAUUUUUCAGUAUAUGGUACUUAGAAUGUCGCUGUUUUAAUUUAUACAAAUACAUAGGUAUAUAUUAUUUCAUAGAUUGUAUUUUAAUAUUAAAUCUGACGGCAAAGAAGAAACAGAAAGAAACAACUGAUCUUAUUGUAACAAAGUUUAACGUAACAAUUAUCUGAAAAAAUAAUUAUAUCGAAGUGUACACGGAUUUACACAAUUUAGAUUCAGACAGGGGAUGCUAUAUACGAGUCCCAGGUUCACGAAACAGCCUAUACAAAGAAAAAUAUUAGCGUAGUGCAUAGAUAUUAUGUGUAUUCAAGCCGGGAGAUAUGCGAUGUGUAUUACCUGAUAAUACGAUUGUUUGUUGAAAAUUUCUCUACUUUGGCAUAAAUUUGUAGAAAUUAUACAGUCGAUGACCGACUCGUUACACGCGAUUAUUAUUCGAUUGAUGGAAGAAUUGUAUUUUUCUGCAAAGUGCAAAAAAUCAUCAAUAGAUAUAUAUAUAUAUAUUUUUUUUUUUUUAGAAAAUAUAUACAUACCUACUUACAUAGAACGCUAUACUAUUACGUCUAUUAAGAAUAAUAAGCAGCCUGCUGAGUGCGUAAUAGUAUGUGAAUUCGUUAGCCUAUAGAUUACAUCUUCGUAUAAUAUUAAAUCUGAUACACGCGUACUAUGCACAUAAUUAAUAUGCAUAUUUUACGAAAAGAUGGAUAUAGAGAGUAGUGAAAAGUUAUUAUUAUGAUGAGAUAAAAUUGUUGAUUACGUUAUAAGAUAUUUAGCUAACAGUUUAACGUUAGUGAAUAAUAAUAAAGAUGAAAAAAAAUUUCCGUUGACUUCAACUGUUAUAUGUAUUUUGAUGUGAAGUUUAACGCAAAUUUUAUGACUAGAAAUAUGUCAUCGGAAUUAUGGAGGGAAGAGGUCGACGUUAGUCAUCGCGAUCAACGGUGAUCGAGGCAAUGAUGGAAAAUGAAGUGAAGUUAAGAAAUAAUGAAAAAUUAUUCGUGCUGUGCAUAGCUGUCAUAAUAACGAGGUAACAUAUUAUCAUGGCUACCUUUAUCAUUUUAAAUGUAAUAUUUUUUAUCACAUAACGUUGAAUACCAAUAAACAUUUUCUUUUUUUACGAUGA